CCAGCUCGAAGUGCCACGACUUCACAGCAGACCACGGAUCCAUCGCAGUGAGGGGGAGAGCAGUGGAAAAAAUCAAGUUAGCUGCAUAUCUGUAUAAUAAGGUAGCUUUGAGCAGAAGUCAUUACAUUUACAACUCUUUUGUUUUUCUGCCCUCAGCCUCUGUCAUUUGAAGCAAGGAGUCGUAGCUUUAUCACCAGCGCAGUUAACUAAAAUCAAACAAUGGAUAUCUAUGACCCCCAGACCCUUGGGAUUAUGGUAUUUGGUGGAUUCAUGGUGAUCUCUGCUGUCGGGAUUGCCCUUGUGUCCACCUUCUCAAUGAAGGAGACUUCUUAUGAGGAGGCCCUGGCUAAACAACGCAGAGAGUUAGGGAAGAUGCAGUCUGUUCGUUCUGAGAAGAAGAAAAAGGACAAAGUAUCUGAGAAGAAGAGUCGUGGAAAGAAGAAAGAAGAGAAGCCCAAUGGUAAAAUCCCAGAUCAAGAGAAGCCCGACGAGGCAGCUGAAGCUGACUCUGAAGCUGACCCAGUCAUUGAACCCGCUGUAGCCCCAGCUGCAUCUGCUGCUCCUGCUCCCACCCCUGAGCCUGCCCCUGCUGUUGAGGUUAAACCGGCUGCAGCUUCCAUGGCUGCAGAGACACAGCUCAAAGUUGCAGCUGAACCAAGCUCUGUUGCUGAGCCCUCACCUAAAGACAAGAAGAAGAAGAAGGUGGCAAAGGUGGAACCAGCAUCAACACAGCCAGCUCCAACUGUGUCUGCUGCACCAGUAAAGUCUUCAGCAGCCCCUGCCUUAACCCAGGCCCAUGUGUCUGCUCCAACCAAAGCAACCACCCCAUCCUCCGCCCCAGCUAAGUCUGCCACAUUGGCCAAGUCUUCCCCUGUCUCUACCAAGUCUGCUCCUGCUUCAGCCCCUGCCAGUGCAUCAGCAAAGUCUGCCCCUACCCAAGCUAAAGCUGCCCCUGUAUCAGCCAAGUCCAUGCUUGCCACAACUAAAUCUGCCCCUGCAACCACCAAGUCUACACCAGCUCCAUCCAAGACUGCUCCAGUGCUGGAGGCUGUCACUAAAGAUGUCCCAGUAAUGGCUGUGCCCCCCGUGGGAUCUCAGCAGGCUCCUGCUGCUGCAGCCAAAUCACAGGAACCAAAGAAGAAGGCCUCAAAAAAAAAGACUGAGUCUGUCUUUGCCUCUGCAGUGGCAGCAGGAGACUCUGCUGAUGCUCCGUUGUACCUGCCCUAUAAGGCUCUGGUUUCCACCAUCAGUAGCAUGAUGUUCAGUGAAGGAGAAGCACAUAGACUCAUCGAGAUCCUGUCUGAGAAAGUCGGCAUAAUUCAAGACACUUGGCACACUGCCAGCCAGAAAGGAGAUCCAGUGGCCAUGCUAAAAAAACAGCUGGAGGAGAAGGAGAAACAGCUGGCGACAGAACAAGAGGAUGCUUCUGCUGUUAAGAACCGCCUCAGAGAACUCACCAAGGAGCUGUCUGCUGAAAAGUCCAAGGUGGCCAGUGUGGAGACGAGACUGAGUUCCCAGCUAAGUAAGAGGGAGCAAGAAAUGAUUGCUCUGCAAGCCCGCAUGCAGGCCAGUUACCAGGACCACGUAGCCCAGACCCAGAGGCUCAAUGCAAAGAUCCUGAGCCUGCAGGACCAACUGGAAAAAGGCCCCAAUGCCCAACUUGCCCGUCUACAGCAGGAGAACUCAAUACUCCGCGACGCUCUCAACCAAGCAACUAGUCAAGCUGAGAGCAAGCAAAAUGCAGAGCUGGCCAAACUGCGACAGGAAUGCACAAAGUUAACCAAGGAGCUCGGAGAGAAGACAGAAAGUCUGCUUGCUGAUGAGCAAAUCAGGAAAGGGCUGGAGGCCAAGGUCUCCACCACAGAGAAGCAGCUCUCGGUGCUACAGGGGAGCCAUGCAGAAGCUGAGCAGGCAUUGCAGAAGAAAGUAGAGGAGGUAUGUGAGGAGCUCAGAGCAGCACAGACUAAAAACAACAGCCUGCAAGCAACUUUGGAGAAGGCCCAACAGGACAGCAGCUCAGUGUCAGAGUGUCAAGCACGUAUAGGGAUGCUGGAGGCUGAGAUCAGGGAGCAUUCUGCUCAGGUGGAUGCCCUUAACGCUCAGCUGAAAGAGACACAAGCAGAGAAAAACCAGCUUGUCCAGCAAGUGACUACCAUCAACUCUCUGUUAGAGGCCAGUCAGAACAAAAAGGAGGAGGACAACAAGGAUGACAAAGAGGCAGAUAUGGCAGAACUGGAACAUCUAAAGCUCUGCCUUCAGGAGAGAGACAGCCAGCUCAGCUCCCUUCAUGAAGAACUGAAGCAACUGCAGACAAAGCAGGAAGCUGCUGAGAACACUAUCGCUGAGCUCGAGCAAAGAAAUAAGAGUGAGGAUAAUGACCUCAUCACAUCACUUCAGGAUGAACUUAAAAACCUCAGAGAGGAGACAGCGCAACUUAAGAACACAACAUCUGAUACCUCCACAGAGAUGGCACUACUAAAGAACAGUCUGGCUGAGAAGGAUGCUCUUGUUGCAUCACUACAGGAGGAGCUGAGAGAAGCAAAAGAAAAGACGGUAACUGAUACAGAUGCUGAGGCACAAUUGGCAGCUUUUCAGACCGAAACCAAAGAUACUCUCCAGUUGCUCUUCCCACAGAUCCCAGUAGAGGCAGAGCAGUCCAACUGGUUGCAAAUAUUUACACAGAAAGCUCAGGAGACUCUCAGCCAUGAGUCUCGGUCAAGCACAGCAUUGCCAGAGUUGCUUGAGAAAUUGAAGGAGGCAGAGGAAAGCCAUGGCUCCCUGCAGGCAGAAUGUGAACAGUACAGGACUGUCCUGGCUGAAACAGAAGGAAUGCUGAAACAUCUGCAGAAUAGUGUGGAGGAGGAAGAGCUGGUGUGGAAGUCAAAAAUGGCAAAUGUGGAGGAACAGUUGAAGGAGGCUUUGCAGAAAGUUAUCACGCUGGAAGCAGAAAACCAAAGUGUAGAACAGUUAAAGGAGCAGAUGAUGCUUCUGGAGGCCCAGCUGGAAAAGCAGUCGGACAACUUGGUGACCUCAGAGGAGAUGGAGCAGCUGAAGGUGCAGCUGUCUGAGUAUCAGAGCCAGCUGGAUUUGGCUCAGAAGGAGGCUCGGGCACACAAGGAGGAGCUUGAACAGGUCAAAGAGCAGCUGGGAAAGAUCACGAAGCAAGCUCAGGGAGAGCAGAAUGGCCCAGCUGAGACUGAACCCAGUCAGGUCAGGGUUCAGAACGACUUGAGUCGGACAACAGAGAAGCUGCACGGGGAGGCGGCCCAGAAGCAGCAGCUCUCUGAGGAGUUUGAGCAGGCCCAGAAGACUGUAGUAGAACUUCAGGCUCAGCUGGAUCUGUUAAAGGUUUCUGCAGAGUCUCCUCAAUCGGAUACUGAAGAUGUUGCUCAGCUCAAGGAACGCUUGGAGAAGGAGAAGAAGCUGUCCAAAGACCUGGGCCAAGCUGCUACCAAGCUCCAGCAGCUUCUCAAGGCCACUCAGGACCAGUUGACCAAAGAGAGAGAGACUGUGAGAACAUUACAGGACCAUCUGGACGGCAAGGGAGAGUUUGUGGAACUGAAGGAAGGAACAUCGGUCUGAGAAGAAGCUCACUGCGGAUUAGACAAAAACUGCCAACUAUGCCUUAUGAUUACCAUAGUUAUGCAUUCCAAAAUGGUUUCUUUCUUGUACUGUAGUUGAUUGCAUUUGUUGCAGCUGUAGGAAUCAAAUAUUUUGUGUAAUGAACAUUACAUUCAAAGUAAGAUUAGAGGGGAGAAUCCUGCUGCAAUCUUUACUGAACCCACAUUCCUUCUACAAUUCUGACUAUGUCAGAAAGUUAUUUAUCCCCUUGCCUUAUAUUCCAGACAUUUCCCCAUAGUUCAGUGUUAAAAGGGAAGUCGAAUGUACGUCAAACGUACAUCAACCUGUGCAAUUACUUUGUAUGUCUUUUCUAUGUGGUUGAAUGAUGGGAACAUUUUAUGGUCUAUCGACGCAGUACCUUUAGGGCCUGCUUUCCUCUGUAGCUGGCUGCCAAUAACACUCAUGGAAUUUGUAUGAAUGAAUAAACUACAGUGUAGCAAACUAUAA